AUGUCGGGCCCCGAGGGCUGUAACCUCUUCAUCUACCACCUCCCGCAAGAGCUGGGCGACAUGGAGCUCAUGAGGACGUUCUCCCCCUUCGGCAGCGUCAUCUCCUCCAAGGUCUUCCUCGACCGUGCCACCAAUCAGAGCAAGUGCUUCGGGUUCGUGAGCUUCGACAACUCUGGGAGUGCUCAGGCGGCCAUCCAGGCCAUGAAUGGUUUCCAGAUCGGCAUGAAGAGGCUGAAGGUGCAGCUGAAGAGGUCCAGAGACUCGAACCGCCCUUACUAAGAGUGGGGGGCUCUCGCCCCCCCCACCCAACUCAGCCACACACACAGAGGAGGACAAAAUGAGUGUGCAUCAACACUCAUCACUCUCACUCGCGUCAAGAUCACACACACACACACACCAUCACACUCACAUACACCAUCACACUCUCACACACACACCAUCACACACACACCAUCACACUCACAC